GUGACGCUCACCAGGCAGCUGGCCACCAAAAAAGCUAAAGGCAAAGGGCAGGCUCAAGCCAGAGUGAAUAUCAGUGCUGCCUUGGUUGAGGACAUUAUCAAUUUGGAAGAAACCAAUGAAGACAUGCAGGCAGUGGUAGAAGCCCUGAAGGAAGAUUUCAGCAGAAAUCUCAAUAUUAGAACCUCACCAGGGGCCUUUGAUCACAUAAUUGUGGUGACUAAAGAUGGGAAGUUUCCACUGAACCAGCUCGGGCAGAUCUCACAGAAGUCACCUCAGCUCAUUAUUGUGAACAUGACCAAUUUUCCAGAGAGUACAGCUGCAGCUACGAAGGCUAUAAGGGAAAGUGGAAUGAACCUAAACCCGGAAGUAGAUGGGACAAUAAUUCGGAUACCAAUUCCUAAGAUAACCAGGGAGCACAGGGAGAGCCUUGCCAAGCUCGCCAAACAGUCCACCAACAAAUCCAAAGACGCCUUGAGAAAGGUGCGAAGCAAGAGUGUGACCCAAAUAAAGAAGUCCAAGAACAAAGUGUCUGAAGAUACUAUCUGGAUGCUAGAAAAGCAGAUCCAGCAAAUGGCAGACAGUGCUGCAGCAGAGAUGGACAAGCUGCUGGCAGCCAAGACCAAGGAGCUGCUUGGAUAAACACCAUCCGUACGGACACACUCCCCUCCACUGGCGAGGCUGGGCUGCCCCUCUGCCCCCGGCCGUUCCUGCCCAGCGUCGAGCAGCCUCUGCUGAUGGCAAGGACAGCUCUCCCAGACC